AUGGCAGUGCACUCAUUUUCUUCUUUAGCCGACUUAGUUGUCGAACUCACCGACGGCUCUGAUGAACACCUGUUUCUUGUGUCGUCCGAAAUCCUGAGGGUUGUGUCGCCCGUGUGGAGAAAGGCACUGGAUCCUGAGUCCAAAUUUGCGCCACUGGAAAAGAUAACAGUCGAUGGAACAGAAUACCGAAAAACAACAUUGGACGAGAUCGAUAGUACCUCUUUAACACAUGUUUUCAAUAUCCUUCAUCAUCGAGCUGGCCCGACACCUCGCUCGAUAACCUUCAAAAGUUUGCGAGAUAUCGCCGUUUUAGCUGACCAGUACGACUUUGCGGAUGCUCUUGCGCCAUGGCCACAAUUUUGGAUCGAAGAUUUGGCAAAAGACAGUGCUAAACAGCUGGAACCUGGGUAUGAGGAUUGGUUGCUCAUUGCGACUAUUUUUGCAACGGUCCCCGUCUGCGAGACAAUUAUCCUCAAUAUCUCGAAGCAGCUGAUAUGCGAUUUGGUGAUCUCGCCUCCCGGUAAUUUGGAUGAAAAGGUAAAUCUGAAACACGAAAGAUGGAGCAUGGCUAAGCAGGCAGGAGUGGAAACCAAUCUUCAGCUUGUUCCUGAGAAAAUUCUAGAAUUCAUCAGGGAGGAGCAGGAAAAACUGUUGACAACAGCCUUACUUCCUCUUUGGAUCUUUGCAAAGAAUAUGACAGACUUCUCAUUCCCGGGUCCAAAACUCGAUGAGAGCGCGCGCUGCCGGAAUCCUGAGUGCUCUUCGCUCGCGCUCGGAUCACUACUUAAGUCUAUCAAUAGCCUGAAACUGCAAAACAUCCUCAUGACGGAAGAAUUUAAGAUACCCGAAGGCUAUUCACCCGAAAGCCUCAUCAGAGAGAUAGAAAGUAUAAGAAUGACAACAUUAACACUUGAACGAGAUUUCACUUACAGGGAAAGCCAAUACACUCUCAGCGUAUUCUGUGUCACACAUAAUGCUAGUUUUGCUUCCAUUUCAUCCCGAUUCCCGACGCUGGCCCAGAAAAUUCCCGAGGAUUUUUUUUUGGGUAACCAGUACGAUUCCGUGACUAAACACACCUCUGGUCGUUUCGCGACGUGUCCCGUGGCCCGUCACCUUGCCUCUCAACAAACGAAUGCAGUCGCUCUUUUGCAGCGCGUCAAGGGUUACUCAGCGGCAAUUAGUAGCUAG